AUGAGUUUCCUCUGGAACGAUUUCACAGCUUUCAACGGUACACUCACAUGUGAAAUUCUUCAAACGAGUUCUACUGACCUGAAAGCCGAUAUCGCAAAGUUUCACGAAUGGCUUAAAGGCGUACGAAACAAACCUGAGCUACAUGGGAUACCAGCAAAACAUAAAGACAAUGUCAAGAAGGUGUUUCAAGCACUGUCGGGCACUGAUGAACUGCAAGCUCCUGAUCAUUUACCGGCACUUUUACCCAUCUUCGAGACAUUAGACGGCCAAGGCAACCGAAAUCUAAAGCCGCUUGUCGUUUCCUUUGGAUCCCAGGAUGCUCAGCUCCUAAUCACGGACGGUGCUUCAGCUCUGGGUUAUCUCUUCAGCAUCACGUCACCUCCACCACAUAUUAGCGUACUCUGGAGCGAGUAUCUUAUGCCUUUGCUGACUCUAUUCAGCAAGUGUCUAUUUCUAGCUUUUGUUAUAGAUCACACGGACAAAGCAUAUGCAUUGUCAGGAGUUCCCGUCAUGGCUAAUGUCAUGUACCUAUCCAACGAAGUGGCGCUUGAGAAUUCUUCACGGCCCUUCUUCUUUGGAGCGACAAUAUCUUCAGCGCCAUAUCAUAAACCUACAGAGGUUCAAUUCAAGCAUGGCAGGGGCUUGGUGACAACUUGGCGCCGGGACCAUUUGUUGCUUCCAGCCCUACGUAGCCACCAGCAGACGCUCCCGCCCCUAGACCCAACGUUACAUACCGUUUUGGUAUCACGACUCGAUGCUUUAAUUCGGGGGCAUCCGAAUGUCAGCAUGUCAGACCCUCGGUAUGCACUAGAUGCCAACAUUUUCAGCAAAUCAUGGCCUGUGAGACAAAAGGUUCUGAACAGGGUAUCAUUAGGGGGAACUCCUGCCGUGGUGCCACCUCACAGACUCCUGAGAGACAACGGAACGAAAGCUACGCUGCAAGAGCUACUAAAGAAGAUGGUUGCUCAUGUUUACGUGGAAAGUUUUGAUCGGCAAGACCCGAUAAUCCACGCUGAUUAUCAAAAACUGUUGCGCUUUUACGUGGCUCCCCACAUCUUUCCACCCAGUACGCCACAGCUACCAACCCCCCCAGAAGUAGUCCUUGUCCAAGAAGAGGUUUUAAUUGUUGAUGGGAUUCUUGCUUCGCUCUGGAGCUCACAUAGCAACGCAGCUCUUGAUAAGCUCACAUAUCUCCGGUAUAUGCAAGAGAAACACGAGCAGCCUGAACAUACAACAGCGUUCGGUAGGUGCGCUGAGACGUACCCAGUUGUUGCUAUUCAGCCACCCUACUUUCCUUCAAUGAAGGAUCAGAUGGGGAGCAUUCGCGGCUUAGCGAUGGAGCCACGUGGUAUCGGUGUCACUAGUCUGUUCAAUACCCAAGACUUCUCAAGCGCAACCUUAAAAGAGGUUCCUACUCUUCUGGUGUUGAGGACCGCAAACGAAUCCGGAUCUGAACAGCAAGUUGAAAGGUUUGGCAUUCCUGCCAAUCUACCCCUUCCAACGGAUUACGACAAGGAUAUUGAUGAGGCAGAUGUCGGAUCCUGGUAG